UUAAUCACCCCCACCUUGAUUAAUCAUCCCUAUGAUGCUUAAUCAUCCCUACAUUGCUGAAUCCCCCCCACCUUGCAGAAACAUCACUACCUUGCUUGAUUAUGCCUACCUUGCUGAAUUUCCACUACCUCGCUGAAUUCCCCCUACCUUAUUGAAGCACUCCUAACUUGCUUAGUCUCCCAUACUUUGAUUAAAAACCCCUUCCUAGCACUAAUCAUCCCUACUUUUCUGAAUUCCCCCCUCUUGCUGAAUCCCCCCUACCUUGCUCAAUUUCCACUACCUUUCUUAAUCACCCCUAACUUCCUUAAUCACCCCUAUCUUGCUGAAUCCCCCCUUACUUGCUAAACCCCCCCUUCCUUGUUGAAUCAAUCCUACAUUGCUGAAUCCCCCCUACCAUGCUAAAUUCUCCCUACCUUACUAAAUAACCCCUACCUUGCUUAAUCAUCCCUACUAUGCUUAAUAACCCCUACCUUGCUGAAUUUAUACCCAUUUGCUGAAUUCCCUUUACCUUGCUUAAUCACUUCUGCCUUGAUAAAUCAUCCCUACAAUUCUUAAUCAUCCCUACCUUGCUUAAUCCCCGCCACCUUGCUGAAUCAUCCCUACCUUGCUUAAUUGCGGCUACCCUACUGAAUUCCCACUUGGUGUAUUACCCCGACCUUUUUUAAGCACUCCUACAUUUCUUGAUCUCCCAUACCUUGAUUAAUAACCCCUACCUAGCAUUAAAUACCCCUACCUUGCUGAAUUCCCCCUUUCUUGCUGAAUCCCCAUACCUUGCUGAAUUUUCCCUAUCUCGCUGAAUCUCCCCUACCUUGCUGAAUUUCCAUUACCUUUCUUAAUCACCCAUACCUUGCUAAAUCACCCUACCUUUACUAAUCACCCCUUAUUUGCUUAAUCACGUGCAAGGAGGCUGCCCUGAUAGCUCGUUAUGAAGACCUCCCAGAGAAGGGUCUAAACUUCAUGCUGAUGGGGUUAUGAGCUUAGUGGGAGAUGGAUCAUCCGCGGGCGCGUGUCGAGGAAGUCUCCCAAGACCUGGAGAAUGUGGACGAUUUGGUAGAAGGCGGAUUGCGAGAGUCGUGCGGUGUUCUAGGAGAAGGAGAAAUGCCGAACGGAGAAGGAUCAAGCAUGGGCGACGGAAAGGACCCUGGGCAAAAGUAGGAGACGAGCUUGAAGAUGAAGAGCGCUGUAGAAGGAGACCGUUCUGCUGGUCGGGUCGGCGCUGGGAGCGCUGCCGACCACUCUACCAUCUACUUCUCGACAGCCUCGAGGGAAGGAGGAAUUGCUCCCGAGUUUGGCUACUUCAAGUUUUCUCCCGACAAGAUUGUUGUGCCAAGGCUCCUUGAGGGACGACACGACUUGGCAUCAUGGGUCAAUUCAAUCGUGCCCCAAUUGGAGAUUGCACAGCUGAAGCAUUUUGUUGUGUUGUGUGAUGUCAUCAUAUGCUAUCACAUUCUGUCUGCCUCCCAUCCCUUGUUUCAAUUCGCAUGUAUGGUUUGACUAUGUGUGAAGGAAUUUGUGUGGUGUGUGUUCUGGAGUUUGGGAAUGUGUUUUGUGUUAUUCUGUCUGAGCAGGUAUUUGUGAUGAUAGAUCUUGAGAAGAUCUUUCCGACGCGACAAGAAUCGCUUCAAUCGGAGCAAGAACGCGAAAGCUAUGAAGAUUCAAAGUUCAUGAGCUUGCGUUACAAUUGCGGCGGUUACAAAGUGAAGUUGUGGGGUGACUCUAUAUGGAUUUGGGACCUUUGGGGUUGGGGAAAUUUGUAACUCUACUGUAACAGCUGCAAAUUGGUUGGGAACAACCAAGCUAGGUUGGCAAGGGUGGCCAACUUGGAUGGAUUGGUUGGGAAGGGACAAAUGUCAAAGUUGGGGUUCCUAUAGGGGGGGAAUCUUUGUGCUUAUGGGGUUUCCUUGGUUGGGGACUCUCUUAGGACAUUCCCUCUCAUCCCUAUCUUCUAUCCCAACCCUUCUCUUGCUCCUCUAAUUCCUUGUGAGAUUCUUGAACUUUGAUUGAACUUUUGAGAUUGAG